AUGGAGCUGUUGCAGCAGAUAGACCACUUCCCACAGGUAACAUCCAUAGACACAGAGCUGCUGCAGCAGAUAGACCACUUCCCACAGAUCUCAGCCCACCAUAGUUACCCCUUUAAUCCCCUCCCAGUGCCCCUUCGUCCCCCCCCAGUGGAGGAGAUGAUGGAGCAGGACGGCAGGCAGCAGAGAGUCUACCACAGGGCUGCCAGGAUGAUACAGAGGACAUGGAGGAGACAUGUGGAUACACGCGUGUUCCAGUACUUCAAGAACCUUGUGAGGUUCCGUAACCAGGGAGACCCUCGACUCCUGCUAAAAAAUGUCAACCCCAGAGAGGCAAAUAUUCUGGAUGCUGCUGCAGGAGUCCACAUCAGAUUCAGACUGGGAGGGACCUCCUUUCCACCGAGCAUCUACUAUAAGAUCUACACCCAUCGACCCAUCGUGGACAUGUGUGCCAACAGCCCCAAGGACUACACCCACCCGAGACAGAAGAGGUCCGUCCCCAGGCAGAUACACAACGGGAGGACCCAGGUGCAGGACGACCAUGCUGGCUGGUACCACCGCGUGGAGAACAACGGCUGGAGACUGCUCUCUGGGAAGGCUGCUCUGUUAGGUGACAUCAUCACGUUGGAGACCAAUGGCAAGAAGGUGGAGUUUCACCAUUCCAAACUGCAGCGUCGUCAGGACGUGGACAGGAGGAAGAAGAGGAGGAAGAUUGAAUGGUUGAAGCAGAU